CUUCCGGGUUCUGAAAGUUCUGAAACGUGGGGCUUCUUCAGGGUCCAGCUCCUGCUGCACGCACAGCCAUCUCAGCGCCAGGGCCCUCUGGUGCAUGCAGCACCCUGCAGCCCGCUUCCCCCUCGAGCGGUUUUACGGCCCUGUGACUCCAGCGAGACACCUCUCUGAGCAGCUUUCCCUAGCACCCGAGGGGGUGAAUUUCCAGCCAUUUUCACUGCUGCACCACAGGCACUUCUUUGCCAUUUAGUGAGCCAAGGCCAUAGCCAGGGCUUGCUCGUACACCUGCUGGGGCAUCUUCCUGUGUGUCCUAUUUCACCCUAAGGGAAGCCACGAGUCUCAGCAGAACCUUCCAGUCUCCAAACAGGCUGCUGGAUACAUGAAACAGAGCAGCUAACACUGCAUGUAAGCUCCAUCCAACUCUUAAAAACAGAUACAGAACAAUGGCAGUGACAACCAGAUUGACAUGGAGUGAGGAGAAAAGUCUGCAGAAGAUGCUUGGGAACGUGUCCUUGAGACUUCUCUAUAAGUCUAGUGUCCAUGGGAAUAAAACUUCUAGUAUUCUUGAUAAGUGCACUUGUCAGGGACCCACCGUAACAAUGAUUUACAUCCGUAACACUACUGUUGGGAUCCUUAUGCUUAGGCCUUAUUCUAAAACAUAUGACCAUUUAAAAAGGCCCACUCCCACCUUCUAUUUUUCAUAUCAACGGAAUAUUGCAACUGAAAUGAGAACUGAAGUUUUAGAAACAGAAACUAAAAUUGCUUCUGGACAACUGGUAUUUUAUUCCUCUGGCCAAGAGGUGUUGUCUGUGUGUCUAAACGACACCAAGCUUUCUAUAAAUGAUUCAUUAAGCAAAGCUUUAGGAGUAUAUACCCGUUCUGAUAUCAAUUAUUUGGAAUGUGAAGUUUUUCGAGUCGAAGGAAUUGAGGAUGAUACAAACUACAUAAGGAAGAUAACACGAGCCACGAAGCACAGAAAUCCGCUUCUAGCUGAACUCAGAACCUACAAGCCCUGUGCAGACUUUGUUUCCAAAAUUCGUAUUCUUUUGCUGGGUCCAGUUGGGUCUGGAAAGUCUAGUUUUAUCAAUUCAGUGAAGUCUGUUUUCCAAGGCCGUCUGACUCGCCAAGCCCCAGUGGGGUCUGAUGUCACCAGCAUUACUGAACAGUAUAGGAUAUAUCCUAUUAAAUAUGGGAACUAUGGGGACUAUCUGCCAUUUAGUUUGUGUGACUCCAUGGGGCUACAUGAGAAAGAAGGAGUAGGACUGUGUAUGGAUGACAUACCCUACAUCUUAAAAGGUUGCAUGCCAGACAGAUACCAGUUGAACCCCAAUAAACCAAUUACGCCCAAUCAUCCUAACUUCAUCAGCACUCCGUCACUGAAGGACAGUAUUCACUGUGUGGCUUAUGUCAUAGAUAUCAACUCUAUCAAUGAUCUCUCCUCCAAGAUGGUGGCAAAGCUCAAACAAGUUCAAAAAGAAGUCUUGAGCUGUGGUAUAGCAUGUGUCCUCUUGCUUACUAAAGUGACUAAUUGCAGUGAAUUUCUUCAAGACAACUCUUUAAACAUGGAUAAAUCUAUGACUUCCCAAAGCCAGGUAAAGAAUAUGUGUCUAGCCAGGCAUUAUUGUAAUGGUGUUGUGUGUGUGUGUGUGUGUGUGUGUGUGUGUGUGUGUGUGUGUGUGAGAUUUGGAAAAGUUUAUUUUAAUUUGUCAGUGUCUUCUGGUCUUCACCCAUGUCAUCUUAAUUUUGCCUUCUUUUUUUAUUUCUAAAGUAUUUGAUCUUCUCUUUGGGUUUCCAGUUAAUGUUGUAUUCUUUAACUGAAAGCCAUUUGUUUGUUUGUUUAAUAUCUGAAACCCUCUUCUAGGAUGUGAAAAUACUGGUAAGAGUUUGAGAGGACUAAAACGGACAAACACUAUAGUUUGAUUUUUCUGUCAAUUAUGACUAUUUUAGUUACAAGUGACAAAACUCAACCUGAAUUACAUGAUUAAAAAAUAAUCAAACCAUAUAAAAGGCUGGAAUUGAACAGAACUGCCUCAGAAAUGGUUGACUCUAGGGAUUCAAAAGCUAUUCUCUCUCUCUCUCUCUCUCUCUCUCUCUCACACACACACACACACACACACACACACACACACACACUGGUUCCUUCUUUGUGUCUAUUACUGUCAUUCUCUCAGGCUAGCAUUCUUGAUAAAUCUUAAAACAUCUGAAUCCAAGCUUCAAGUUGACAUUCAUUCAGUCUUGGAAUCCAAAAAAGAAGAGGGCUUUUCUUUUCCAGUUUCAUUGUGAAAUAGUCCAAAAAAGGACUGCAACUGAUCUAGCUCGAAUCAUAUGCCUAUUCCCAGGAACAUUUUAUCUGCAGAAGAGAGAGGAAUGUGAUCUUCCCAUCGUAAGUCAUACUUGCCCAGGAAGAGUGAUUUGUUAUUAGAAGAGGGGAGUUAAUCAUGUUAUUAGGAGAAGAGAGUGUUGGAUUAACUGAGCUGGAGGGGCACCUCAAUUUGUAUCUUAUAGAUUUGAGAAGUUUUGUAUCUAGUUUCUCACUUAGAUUAUAAAGAAAGUCUUGUUAAUAAGUCUAAAAAUCAUCAACAGUUACUUUUAAAAAGCUUUUUAUGAAAGUAACAUAUACACAUAAAAAGUGUACAGUUCAUAAUUACAUGGCUCAAUACAUUUUGAUAGACUUAACCCAUGAAACUAGAACUCAGGUAAGAAACAGAACAUUCUAGAAGUCCUCUUAAAGCCCGAGUCUAGCUACCUAGAAUAUCCACUAUUCUGACUUCUAAUUGCAUAGAUUAGUCUUGUCCUUUUUUAUCCCUUUCAUAACAUUAUGCACUAUUUACUCUUUACUCUUUUGGGUCCGACUUCUUUCAUGAGAUAGUGUAUUUGUUUGACUCAUAUUAUUGUACAUAGGUAAAGAUCAUUUAUUCUCAUCUAUCCUAUUAAUGUGAUGUUAAUGGGUAGUUCUAAUACUUUCCUUACAGAUCAACAAUACGUUCCAUAUAUGUUGCAUUAAGCAUUUUUCUGAUUUAUAGCUACAUAGAAAUAAACCAUGUGAUUUUGGGUCUUUCCAAUUUUGUAUAAUAAUAAAGAUUCCAUAAUGGGAACAUACUAUAUCUCAAUUUGUAAAUAUAGCUUGAAAACAAGAGUAGCAUCAUAAAUAAGUUGACAUUAUCUUAAAAUUUACAGAGUAGUAUAAAGGGUCAAACAUGGCCAAGACAUUCUUGAAGAACGAAGCGGGAAAACAGGUAUAAAGAGACAUAUUAAGAAGUGUAAGUUGACUGUGGUGCCUUAGUAAGUUUAUGGAACAGAAUGGAGAGUCCAGAAACAGACUCAAACAUGUCUGGGUAUUUGUUGUAUGAUAGGGGUAGCAUCACAGAUGAAUGGAAAAACAACAGACAAUUCAUAAAUGGUCCAGUCAUUUGGUCAUCCAUAUGGGGAAAAACAAAACUGAAUCCCUCGCAUCAGACGCAAAAGUCUACUUUAGGUGGACUAAGUACCUAAAUGCUAAAAGGCUUUCAGAAGAUAAAAUAGAAGGGUACUUUCAUAAUUUGGGGGUAAGGAAAUAUUUCUUAAGUCAUAUUUCUUAAACAAGACACAAUAAGCUUAGUCUCAAAAGAGAUUGAAAAUUCAACUACUUUGAAAUCAGUAAUUUUUAUGUUCAACAAAUCCCAUUAAUAUAGUGAAAAGGCACAACAAAAUGUGGGAGAACAUAUAACUAGCAAAGAACUGAUAAAAGGAUGUACAAAGAAAUCCUCCAGGUCUAGAAGAAAACUAAAAUAUAAAAGAAAUGAACCAAAGACUUGAGAAGGAGCUCUAAAGAAAAAAGAAAUUCAAAUAUCUAGUAAGAAGAAACGUUCUAUAUCAUUAAUAAUAAAAAAAGAUCCAAACUAAAAUUUGAUUCUUUUUUAUGUGUAUUGAAAUUUAAUUGACUUAUAAAGUAUACAUAUUUAAGGUGUAAAAUUAAGUGAGUUUUGAUAUAUGAACACCUCUGUAAAAUAAUCUUGACAAUCAAGAUAAUAAAUGUUUCUAGCUCCCCCCUGCCAAAAAAAAUUACAGAGUGACUUCGUAAUCCAUUCUCUUUAUUCCACCUCUUGUUCUGGUCUGUACUCUGUCACUAUGUUACUUUUCAUUUUUUAGAAUUUGUAUACAUGAAAUUGUACAGAAUAUACUCUUUUGUGUCUGGCUUCUUUUAUUCAGUGUGUUUUGAGAUUCAACCAUGCUGUUGCAUGUAACAAUAGUUUUUUCUUUUUAUUGCUGAGUAGUAUUUCAUUGUGUGAAUAUACUACAUUUCUUUAUCCAUUCAACUAUUAACAGACUUUCGGAUUGUUUCCAGUAAAGUUCAAGAUACGCAGACAGACCUGAUGAGCCAGGAAUUUGACUCUCAGUUACAUAGUUUAAGGUUACUUUUUAUGUGUGCAUCAAAACACACGUGUAAGAAUUUUUGUAGUAGUAUUGUUCAUAAUAGUCCCGACUGGAAGCAACCCGCAUGCCCAUCAAUAGUAGAAAAGAUAAUACAUUGUGGUAUAUUAUACAGAGUACUUCAUUUCAUAUAGCAAAGAAAAUUAAAGAACUAUAACUGUAUACAUCAGUGUAGAUAUUGCAAAUAUAAUACUGACCAAGAGAAUAAAGACAUGAAUGAAUCUGUACAUUAUGAAUAGGUUUGUAAAAAUCUCUCAAAAGUUCUAAAUAAAAAAGAGCAAAUGACCGUAAAAAUGAAGAUGGUAAUUACCUUUCAAGGGUUUGGGGUUGUGAAGAGUCAGGGGCUUACCUUUGGUUUGAACAGGGUGGUGGUGAAAUGAAUAUUUGCUUUUCAAUUAUUUUUAAGUUGUACAUUUAUAUUUUAUGUACUUUCCUGCAUGUAUUAUACAUUUCAUACCUAAAACAGAAAAAAAUGAGAAGUUCUAUCAUAUACAAACGUUAGAAUUAGACAUAACUGGGUCUCUGCUACAUGAUAUGUGAUCUUUAAGAAGUCUCUCAUUUCCCUAUCU